GAGCCCGCCAGCCCCACCGCCCCGCCUCUCGGCCCCGCCCCCGGCCCUGCCCAAUCCUAGGCGCGGCGGGCUCGCGAGUCCAAGCCGGGAGUCUCUUCUGCAUCAUCAGAGCUAGGAAGCGUUCAGAAGCCAAGUCAUGGAUCCACCUGCCCGCAAAGAAAAAUCCAAAGUUAAAGAACCUGUCAGCAGAGUGGAGAAGGCCAAGCAGAAAUCAGCCCAGCAGGAGCUGAAGCAAAGACAAAGAGCAGAGAUCUAUGCCCUCAACCGAGUCAUGACAGAGCUGGAGCAGCAGCAGUUCGAUGAGUUCUGUAAACAGAUGCAGCCUCCCGGAGAGUGAGCCACCCGUGUCCAAACGACACGGCCCCCGGAGGCUGUGCUGGUCAGCUUGUUGCCAGUUUUAGGCUGAGCCGGUCCACUUGGAACCUUACAGAACCAGACAAGACGACAUCUGGGUUCUUCCUAAAACUGGGUAAAUGUGAACUUCCUGUGUGUGACUCCUGCUUCACUGGUUACUCCCGUCUGAAUUGGCCCGAUGCUUGCUGAAGAGACUUGUUUUAUUCUUCUAAGACACUAGACCCUAGAUUUCUUUUUUUUUUUUU